AUGAGGUUUACGUGGUGGUGGUGGUGCAAUGGAGGUGGUGGCAAGGAUUUUGGUGGUGUCGGCUAUGGUGGCGUGAAGCGGGACGAAAUGAAGGGUGAUUUAUAUGAUCGUGAUUUUGAUUGUGGUGAUGGUGGUAAUGGUGAUGGUGGUGCAAGAUAUGAUGGCCGCAUCGUGGUUGCUGUUGGUGGUGGCGACGACGGUGGUGUUGACAGUAGCAGUGCGUUUUUUGCUAGUGCUGGAAGUGGUUGUAUGUGGAGAGUUGAUGGUAGUGGUUGUGGUGGUGGUGGUGUUGAGGUGAGGGUGGUCACAAGUAGCCAUAGUGGCAGUAGCAUUGGUGUUAUUGGCGAUGCUUGUGAUGGUGUUGUGGCGAGAUAUGCAGUGCUUGUGACCAAGUAUUAG